CAGAGCACGAUCAUCGCCACCGGUGCGGUCGCGCGAUCGCUGGUUGCGUCGUCCGGUCGGUCGUCCGCGUCCCAAUCAAGAAGGCACCCAACAGGUGGCAUAUUUUAUAUAAGCCUUUGUCGUUCGAUAUUUUUUCUCAUUAGACGCCGGCCUGUCUACCUGUUAACAUUGUGCUGACUUUUCGUGGUCAGGUUAAGAGCCGACAUCUUUUCAGUUCGUUACUGUUCGCGUUAUUUUAUUGCCAACCGCGCGAUAUUCGUUCAGUGCAAGGAAGGUGUGUUUCGUGGCUGAGAAGCGGAGAAAAGAAGGAGAUAUACGACUCGAACAGAAAGGUCGUGAUUGAUCCUUCCGAUUCAGUGCAGCGGAUCACGGAAACCAAAUUUUUCAAAACUUUUGGGUUUAAUUGACUCUAGGCUGCUGACAACCUUUCAUCAUCGGAUAAUUUCUCAACCACCCAGCAUCCUAUCGACGGAACAAAAAAAAAAGAAAAAACACAAGGUUAAGGAAAGGAAAAAUUCAGUAACAGUAACACACAGCAUCUGCGACCACGCGGAACACGUGGAGAGAAAGUUUCCCAAAGUCAUCAAUUAGAAAGUGAAAAAGAGAGGAAAAUAUUAAAAAGGCAAAACGAUGGCGGCAUCACGCAAUGAUAAGACUCGAAGCACGCUCAGCAGCACCCUGGCGGUGGUCAUCUUAUUCUGCAACUUGGUCGGCAAAAGCGCCCAGACGUGCCUUAAUGGAGGGGUCCUGUUGAAAUCUGGCCUGGGUCCGACCGAUAAGUAUGAUAUAUUGGAAGAGCACAACAAAUUGCGCCAGGCGGUCGCACAAGGGCUCAUACCUGGGCAGCCGGGUGCAGAAAAUAUGCUGGAAAUGCAAUGGGACGACGAACUAGCGAGGAAAGCACAAGACUGGGCCGACCAAUGCAUAUUCAAGCACGAUCCAAAGAAAAAAUUAGGACGUUUCACGAUGGGGCAGAACCUGGCUCUUAUCUGGAGCAGCGGCUCCCUGGACGACGACCGAGACAGCGAUUUUCCCGGGCGCAUUCGAAAGUGGUUUGACGAGGUUAAAAAAUACUCCUUCGGAGCAAAGUUCUCCCUGGCCACCGGUCACUACAUGCAGCUAAUAUGGGCUGAUACCUACCUAGUUGGAUGCGGAUACUCGUACCAUUAUUCUGGAAACAAAUACAACAAAUUGUAUGUGUGCAACUAUGGCCCAGCUGGCAACGUUCAAGGCCAGGUUCCCUACGUCACCGGGCAUCCCUCGUGCGAACAACAUGGGCUGCAAAAGUCCUCCACCUACCCGGGACUGUGUGCGGCAGGAGCAGCAGGCGAAGUGGAUCCUUACCAUCACGAGAAUGUGAUUCCUCAGAAUUACUAUUCUUAUCAAGGCUCAUCAAAUAAUCAUGAGAAUCAACACUACACCUCGGCACCAGUCAGAGCUUCCUACACUGCAGCGGCCCCUAUCGCAACAACUCAUCAACAGCCGUACGACAAUCAUAUCUUGUACAAUCUGGUGUUUGAUCAGCACAAACAACAGCAGCAGCAACAACAACAGCAACACCAUUACCAACCAUCGCACACUCCGUACCAGUCGUCGUCACAUCAGCAAACAUAUCACCUGCCAAGUCCGGCCUCGGUCGUAACUGCAACGACAAAUGCGGCCGCAAAUCUGCUCAAGCCCGGAAACAUCUUGAAGUCGCCCUUUUUGUCGUACCGGUGGGAUUUGCUGUUCAAUUUCCUGCACUAGAGAAUUGUAGCAAGUGCAACUUGAGCCCACCCGCCCACGCCCUGCCUGGAUACCGAGCUUGGAUACUUUGAUGGACAAGAGCGCGCAAUUAUCGCACUGCUGCUGCAGUUUAGGCUGGAAAACUUGUACACUAUAGAGGUAUAGGUUAGGAAGACGCUGGUAUUAAUAGGAAAAGUCAAAUUUGCCAAAAUCCCGUACAAAUCGCUUUAGAUUCUAAGCAUAAGGAAACUUUUGUGCAUAAUUUUCACUUUUUGGCGAGACAGGCUACCGACAGGUUGAUUGCAUAUCCGUAGACAGGACUGCAUAGCUAGCUCAGCCAGCCAGCCAGCGACGAUAAAAGCGUUAAUUUAUUUAUUAUUCAACUCAAAAGAGUGCAACGAACAAAGAGCAUCUGAUGCUCCUGGCAUACGCGCUGAGGAAGAUAUCGAUAUACGGCGCUUUAUGGUACUGUGUAGGUACAUCCCCAUAGAUGAAUCAAUCGUUGAAUAGAUGCUAUAAGGUGAGAAAAGGAGGUAUUUCUAUAGAACUGUAUAGAGUGUUUCAUCGCACAGUGAAAGGAGUGAAUUUGUCUGCUGGGGAGGAUAAUCAUCAACUAUUAUACGCUACUUGCCUUUAUAGAUAGAAAUAGGUAGACAGACAAACAGGAAGGGGGUAAAUAUUGGAAAGCCAUUAUAAUUCACCUGAUCCUUUUUAUGCUGCAGACUUUGGCAAGUAAAGGGUAGCAUUGAAAAGAACUGGUCGAUGUUUAUAGUCUGCAAUGCUCGGAAUUGCACAAUGUAAUAGAAGUUAUAAUGAAGGUUCCAAUGAGUGUUUUACGGCUUCGCCACUUUGUGUUACUUUUUUCGUCUAAACAAAUAUUUCGGAAAGUCGAACACAUUAAGAAUUUUCAUUCGAAUACUUAGCACUAAGUGACGACGCCGUUCGUCGUAAAGGGUAGAUUGUGCCGACGAAAGAGGGAAUUAACAAAGUCAUUAUAUUUAAAUUGUAGGUAACGAAGAGAAAAGGUUAACAUUUUAUACGGUGUAGCUACGAAGUUACUUCAUAGAACUGAAUUGUAUCAUAGUUAUAUGUAGAAUAAUCCUAAGUUAACAAAUGGGAUAUCUGUUGAAGUUAGGAUAUACAGUAGGCUUUAAUGAACUGACCACACACUCAGUUGAGCUCGGCUAAUUUUCAUUCUUUUGCCGAGAUCCGCACAGCCGAGCGCUCGGCAAUCGCAUUUUAACUGAGAUAUCAGCAAAAAUUAAAGUUUAUUCAUAGCAGCACCCAUGGGUGCCGCUAUCAUCAAACAUCAAACGUCAAGCGUUUAGCCGAGAUUUCAGCAAAUGAACUUUAACCGAGAUCCGCACAGCCGAUCUCGGCAUUCUGUUUUAAGUGUGCACGAUUUCAGCACAGACUGGAAAAUAUUAUUAUGUAUAUUACAUGGAACGAUAAAUAAAAUGGGAUCAUAUAUUGCUACGAAUAGAAACUAAAACUAAUAUCUAUUGAUGACAUGGUCCAAAUAAUGUGAAUUACACAUUUGAGUAAAGGUCAGGAACUUCUAUCCUUGCUGUAAUGUCUACAACACGCAUACAAGUAUAGUUAAGAGUUGUAUGAGAAAAAUAUUGGUCGUCCGAUUCAUCCACUAUAUUCGAAAGGA